AUGGAACUGUGUGGCGAAUGUUCGGUAUGUUUUUUCGCCAUGGAUUUGAAUAAUAUGUCGUUGCUUCCUUGUGGUCAUACAUUUCACUACGAUUGCUUGCACAAAUGUAUUGAUUUGUCUGGUUUCUGCCCAAAGUGCAGGAGACCAUCAACUUUAAAAGAUAUCAUCCGGAAAGUUUAUAUCGAAAGGAAAGAACCGAAGAUGACCAGUGAAAACGUCCUCUCGAGUCUCAGCCCGAUAGUAAUGGAACUUAAAAACCGUCUCAUUUCUACCACGCUCACUCUAAACAAUAUGAAAGCUUUACAUCAAGUUGCACAAGAAGACCUUAUGUUCACUCGAGAUCAAGUUCGAUACAUGGACGGUUUGUAUAAGGCAAUGAAGAGGGAACGUGACGAACUGAUGAUCAGUUAUAGAAAUCUUAUGGAACGUUUUUGCGAGAUGGAAAGCAAAUUUUUGUAUGAACGUUAUGGCACACAGCCAGAAACCAGUAAUGAUCCGGUAAAGCUGCUUAGCAAUUUUUUUAGGUUGCGUUAGAG